CGGGUGCCUGCGCGCCGGGUGCUGCGGCCUCGCCUGGUUUGAGGGGACUGGAGGUGACGCUCUCAGUGCAUAUCUUUGACGUGGCGGCUACGUAUCAGCACGGCCAUCCACUCCUAGCGCACCGUAAGCAGUGACGAGUAAAACUACGUAAGUGGAAACUGCUGAAGGUCCCUAAUGUUUGAAGAUGACAGCUGAUUGCUGUCUACGUAGCUGAUUCAAAACAAAAUCUGUAGCAAAUACUGUUUCCUAACUAAUUGGACAGCACUUAUAGUCGUCUCAAUUUUGGAAGCACAUGCUCAUGGAGUACAAAAGGCAUGAUUGGUUUUUUUUUUUUUUGGGGAUUUUGAGAGAAUGCAGAUGCAGUGCAAAGGCUCAGACAAAUUACCAUGGAAUCAGUUGUUGAAUCUCAUCAAGAUGGUAGUGUGACGGAUUCAGUGACCGACAGUGAAUCUAUCCAAUUACAAGCUCACAAUUCCCAGAUUCAGAUCCCCACUAUUGCACAGGUAUCUGUUGCUGGUAGUCAAGUUUCUUCAGGAUCUCCAGCUGUGACUGUUGUACAGUUGCCUUCUGGUCAGACAGUGCAGGUCCAAGGAGUGAUUCAGACUGCACAACCUUCUGUGAUUCAGUCACCACAGAUACAAACUGUUCAGGUAGCUACAAUAGCAGAAACGGACGAAUCGGGAGAUUCUGCUGAGGUUGUGACUGAUUCUCAAAAACGAAGAGAAAUCCUAUCCAGACGACCAUCAUACAGAAAAAUCCUAAAUGAAUUAUCUUCUGAUGCACCUGGUGUUCCAAAGAUUGAUGAAGAAAAAUCUGAGGAAGAAGGGGCAACAGCUGCUAUCACUACAAUGGCAGUACCAACUUCUAUCUACCAGACGAGUACUGGUCAAUACAUUGCAAUCGCGCAAGGUGGAACUAUUCAGAUUGCAAAUCCAGGAGCUGAUGGUGUGCAAGGAUUACAGACACUUACCAUGACAAAUGCAGGAACACCUCAGCCUGGGACAACCAUUGUGCAAUAUGCUACACAGUCAAGUGAUGGGACACAACAGUUUUUUGUUCCAGGCAGCCAAGUCGUUGUUCAAGCUGCAUCAGGAGAUAUGCCAACUUACCAAAUCCGGACUCCAACUACCACCCUACCUCAGGGAGUCGUGAUGGCAACUUCACCAGGGACAUUGCAUAGUCCACAACAGCUUGCAGAAGAGGCAACACGUAAACGGGAACUCAGGCUAAUGAAAAACAGGUAAGAUUUCAGAAAUCUUUGUAAAAUGAUCA